CUACCUACCUACCUUCCCAACCAUCAUCCCGCUCAUUCUAGAGGUCCACACUCACUCACUCGUCUACACAUUCUGGGUGUCUGUAGAGUGGGGAUGGAGCAUCCGGGCUACGCUGCGUUAUCAACAGGCUGCUGCUCGGCUCCCCACAAUUGAAACCGUAGUCGCUCCGCGUUCUUCCUUCAGCUAGGAUGGGCCGACUGGAACGUACCGUUGUGCCCAACCUCCGUCGUUGGCACACGGAUCUACCACGACGACGAAUCGGUAAUCACUACCAGCUCUGUUGUACGCACCGCAAGACAACCGUCACUACACCGUCCGCGUCCUUCGCGACUGUCAAAAGCGGACCAGGCGAACCCUGGGACCAACCUCGAUUGGCCAAAGGCGUCCUCCUCACACUCACGGCGUGCACAAUCGCGGUGGCCGUGAGUUACCAAACACGCAUCUGGCGUCAGGAACGGAUCCGCGAUUUGCCAGAUGCCAGUGAUCCAGAUGUAUGGAACGCACACUUUCCCCACCGUCGGCCGACCCAAGUUGUUCAAGUCACACGCCGGUGUGGGCUGAUGGGGUCCACGCACAGCGUCAAGGCGGAACUGGAUCGUAUACGCGAUUGGCAUCACCAAAAUGGCUACGUCGGCGGACUUGUGCUGCGCGAUUUGACCAGGCCGGUGUUCGGCUUCACGGAUGAUGUAAUGAGUGAGGAAGAAGACUGGACGUUGGAAGAUAUCAUUCGUGAUCCCACGCGGUUGAAUCGACGGGAAUGUUAUUAUCUAUAUUACGAAAUUAUGGGCAACGGCGCCAUUCAACAGGAAAUAUACUGUCGCGGAACAACCCUUUUGGAUGACGUCUUGACCUGCUUACAGGCAUGGAUGGUUUACGAUGACGACCUGGGCUGUCGCGUGCACCGGGGCUUUCGUAAUCAAGCCGAUCGCAUCUUGAGGGACGUACUGCCCUUGUUGGCACCCCGCUCGGAUCGUCGCGCAACCGUGGAAGUCUGCGGACAUUCAUUAGGUGGCGCCGUUGCGGCCAUUCUCGCCGUGAAACUUGGACGCCUGGGGUACCGCGUUACACGUUUGACGACAAUUGGGGAACCGCGAUUUUGUGCGUCGGAGCAGGAUGCUGAGGUUCUCCUUCCUUGGUUACCAAUCGACAACUUACGGGUAGAGAGCGAUCAAGAUUUUGUCCCCUUUUUGCCGCCGUUUGGUGCACACGUGGGAAAGAAAUUGUGGUUUCUCCAGCACGACGAACUUCCACGGCUCGUUCCGGCCCAGACGGCAUCGUCGUCACUUGCGUGGACAGACUCGGUAUGGACUAACUUUCGAAUGUGGGAAAUUCUGUCGGCCAACGGUAAGCCUCAUCGAAUUCCCAGCUACGUUGAUAAACUUAAACGACGACUGGUGCCUUCGUAA